AUGUCCUGUAGCGAAUUUCGCGUAACGUUCACGCAAAAAGGAAUGCAGUACAUGGAGCUUUAUGACACGUGGAAGGAUUUCCCAGAACUCCCUAUGAUAUCAGUCUUGAGAGCAUGCGGGUCCACUGAUACACCUACGUUUACGCCUGGGGAUAUAUGUCGACUUGCAAGUAAGAUGCCACGGUUGGAGAAGUUUGGGGUGAGGGCAAUAGAGAGCUUACGGGAUUAUGUCUACGGGGAAGCUGUGAUGAGAAACAGCCUUGCGCGAAGUUUGGACUUGAUACCCAUGUCUGUGCAAACGUUGCUUGUUGACUACCAGCGGGAGAGGAUUCUAGACCAGACUUAUAAUCCUCCAAGCAUCAUCCCCGUUGAGUCAAAUAGAGAGGUUCUCUCUGAAGCAGUACGACGACUUGCCCAGAGACACGGUAUUCGAGAGAUCACCCUUCUUGCAAGCGUCGACAGCGCCAUAUUCCAGCCUUCGACAGAAACCUCUUGCGGGCCGACCCUCGAGAGUUUCACAUUCGCACUUUGUGACGUUCUUCCUUCUGGUGAAUGGGUAGCCACAGGCGAAAAUCCUUUAUCAGCAGAAGAAGAAGAGUAUCAACGACAAGAGGUUCGUGAAGGGAUGGCUGACGGACAUUACUGCCCCCCAGGCUGCGAGAUAGAAAACAGUUUCAAAUCUCGCAUGAAAGAGGGAAUCAUGGAUCGUUUUCUUUUGGCAGCGGCACAAGCUGUUUGCCACAUGCCCAAGAUAAGAAAACUCUCGGUUCGACAUGUUUUCGAUCCUACUGAUUUUGAAGAGGAUAUAUCGCGUGCGGGGUUUAGCUUCAGCACGGCAACGGGCCUGAUGGUGCUUGGGAAGACGGAUGUUCCUAUACUCAGUCACGAGGCGUUGGUAGCUUGGAAAACAGCAAUGAAAACUCAUGAUAUUGUGUUUGAUCGGUGUCUUACAAACGAGUUGGAGGUUGCGGGGAGGUAUGCCAAUGAGUUUGCACCCGAGUUUCAAUGGGAUGAACAGGAUGUUUAUUUGUUUUAA